AUGUCGGCGGACAGUGACCAGCGUUCCGGGAGACCGUCAACGAGCCGAAAUGCUGAUGUCAUUGACAAAGUGCGGACAUUGAUCAUGGAGGACCGUCGUUUGACCGUCCUUGAAAUUGUUGAUGAAGUUGGGAUUAGCAGAGGUUCCGCAAACACGAUGUUAACUGAGGAUUUAGGCAUUCGAAGAGUGGCGGCAAAGUUUGUGCCCAAGCUGCUUUCGCUGGAGAGCGCCAACAGGGAUCCUGAGUUCCUGAAGACUGUGAUCACUGGUUAUUCAUUCAUCACACCUGAUCCAGGGUUUCCUGGCCAAGCACGGCAUUCCGCAGGUUUACCAGGCUCCCUACUCUCCUAA